UUUAGAAGGGCGGCCAGCAUAGAAUUAAGCUGGCGCGUGGUAGAUUUAUCAGCACUGCCUGUGCUGUCACGCAGCCAGGGACAGGUGAACCUCGAGCCCGCUCCAUCCGGCGGUCUGACAGCGAGCAGCGACGACGAACGACUUGGACUUGGACGUCUUCUCUUUGUCGAGUUGAAUUCCAUAAAUCGCCUGCCAAUCCAUUCAUCCUGAACCUUACGAGUAGCUACCACCAAUUCAAGUACAAUGGGUCUCUUUACCGAUGAUGCGUCUCAUAUCGAGGUCAAGGCGGUCUUCCCGGACAACAACCCGUUGGGAGUCGUUGUAAACGGCCAACAGAACCAGAUGAUCCUCAAGUUCAUCAACUCGGGAACCGGUAACUACACGAUCGUCAACGCUGCUGCCAGUUAUCACGAUGUCGAGAAGAACUGGGCUUUGGUCAGGAACACGACGGCCUUGAAGUACAACGUGCCUCUUCCCGCUGGAUCCAACUUUUCGGUGCCCUUCAACGUUCACUCUGAGUUCCGGCCUCGUGAUAUCGGUCUGACCGUCUGGGCCAACCUGAACGACGUGCAGAAAGAUACGCACAGGUUCGUCGCUUUCAACUCGACCGUCGGCGUCGUGGAACCCCAGGGAAGCUGGUUCGACUUGCAAGCACUGUUCAUGUACAUCGUCGUCCUGGCCACCCUGGGUGGGCUCGGAUACUUUGCGUACAACGCCUUGAUGGAGUACUACUACCCUCAACAAAAACGAACCCGAUCUUCCAAGCGCGCCGGCGGGAACGCUGCCACCGCCGACCUCAAGGUCGUACCCGCCGAGAGCGGUAAACCCUACCCGGCCAGUGUCAAGCCUUACGAGGAAGACUGGGUGCCUUCGCAUCACUUGAAGCCCGCCAGUGGAGCUGCGAGGAAGAGGAAGGGGGUCAAGGUCGAUGGAGGUGCUAGCAGUGCGGCCGAGGUGACGAGCGGUGGGGAAGGGUUUACCAGUGGUGGGGAGAGUGCCUCGGAAAAGAAGAAGGGUGGAAAGAAGGGAAAGAGGAACUGAAGUGGUCGCAUAACGGCUUGACUAGGGGAGUUGGAUUCCUGAGGUAAAACGGGUGCGAGCCUGUAAUUAUGGCUGGACAUAUGAGGGCGGCUCGUCCUUGCCAGACUUGAUGCAUAAUACCCAAAGUUCAAUUUCUUCAGUUCGGGACACACGAAUCCGCGAACACAGCUGAAAAAUUUCUUUGAUACUCGCUUGUUGCACGAUCGCCAUAAGUAUGGGCCAGACAGGCGAAAGCUUGCGUCCGGUAUGAC